AUGCAGAUCUGGACAAUAUUAUGCGCGACCGCAGGGUCGUUAUCGUUGUCGUUGACGCUGUCGCUCGCGCACAGCAUUCCUAUAUCCAUCCCUCCUCCCGUGCUCGAUGGCCUGAGUUAUCUCCGUCUCGAUCGCGCGCUAGAAGACAAAUACUUCCAUGAGCCCGUCGGCCAUGAGAACGGCGCCGAUGACCGCCUCGGACACUAUGACACGCGGUACUUCCAUGAGAUGGUGUCGGAUGAGGAACGGGUCGAAACGCUGCACCACAUGGUGCGGGCAUAUCUCGACUUUUUCCGCGAGAACCAGCUAGAAACGUGGAUAUCCCAUGGAACGCUGCUGGGGUGGUGGUGGAACGGGAAGCUUCUUCCCUGGGACUGGGAUGUUGAUACCCAAGUCCGUGACGCAACGCUAACCCGUAUGGCGCGGGAAUUCAACCGGACGAUUUCGCAAUACGUCUCACCAGAUCGAAAGUACAAACGAGAGUAUAUGCUCGACAUUAAUCCCUGGGCAUACUUUCGAGACCAGGGGCCGGGCCAUAACAUUAUCGAUGCGCGCUGGAUAGACACUACCAACGGGUUGUACAUUGAUAUCACGGCGUUGAGCAGAUUCGACCCGGUGGGUAAACCGGAUACGUGGGAGUGCAAGAAUUGGCACAAGUACGAGACAGAGGAUUUAUUCCCGCUGCGGGAAAGCACAUUUGAGGGGGUGACGGCCAUGGUGCCGUACAAGUAUCAGGAGAUGUUGCUUGAGGAGUACACUGUCAAGUCGCUUACGCGGACGAAGUAUCAUAAUCAUACAUGGUAUCCGGAGCAAGGACAGUGGAUUUUCAGUCCAUGA